AUGAGUGCGGCUCUGAUCCACGACCGGCUGCACAUCAAGACGUUCUGGGAGAAGAAGAUAAACUCUGAGUGUCAGUUUGUUGACAACGAGGAGCAGAGGAUGAACAAGAGCGCACUCAACAAGCUGAGGGGCGAGUGGCUCGUCCGUCUCGACUCUCGGAACAAACACCUGAAGCUCCUGAACGACAGCUACGUGAGGAAGGUGAAGACGGACCAGACAUGA